GAACGCAGCAGCAACAGUCGGCUCAGCUCUCCAUUUCAGUCCGGUCCGGUCUGUGUAUCACCUCACCGUCCAUCUGACCUUUUAGACCCGGACUAAAGACAUGGGAACGCCUUGACUAAACCCGCAACAGAAACAGAUAUUCUCCCUUCAGCUGGACCUAAAGGAUCGGAACUGCUACCUCUGCUGACUGUCUCUGUGCCGAGGAGAAAAAACGGUGAGUGGCUGAUAACCGCUGUUGGAAGCGAGCUCGGGCCGGUGUCGCUCGCGGCGCGUGUCCGCUCUUGAGGCGCCGCCCUGCGGCUCUCUCGGAACUCGAGCUCCGCGGCUCUGGACUGGGUAGAGAGGCCGCGGGUGAAGCUGGCUUAGUUAGAGGACAUAACCGAUUAUUUUACUCUUUAAAAAAUACACUGCCGUACUUUAAAUCUGUCUAAAUAAAUGAUUUAAUGUUUCCAGUCGGUAAAUUCGUCGUUUUUGAUCACAGAAACCCGCGGAUAGUGUCGUGUUUUUAAAGCUAACGUUAGCGAUCGGAGUAGCUAGCGUGGUGCUAGCCGGCUAGCAACGUAUACACAAUAUUGCUUAUACAUCGAGGAUACUGUGAACACAAUUACAUGUAAUUAAAUAUAAGACACACAUUAGUCAGGAGUUUAGAUGUUUUCUCAUAGAUGUAUUUAUACUAUAUAUACAUUUUCUGGCUCUACACACCCUAUAGUACUCUAUAUAUACCCUAACCAACACUAUACACCAUCUACACAACCCUGUGUACAACGUUAAAUACACACCAAACAGCUACAGAUACACAUUUAGAGACAAUGUACACAUUACAGAAUAUUCUUUAGUUUAAAUAUAUAUUAUACAGCAGUAUAGUGGGGCUAUUAUUGCAGUAUAAACAGUACAUUUAGUAGGACUUUGAUUACUCUUAUGUAGACACUAUAGAAUCCUAUGGUAGAGCUAAAUAAAAGCACACUAUAUUAAAUAAUGUCAUAUAUAUAUAUAUAUACAUAUACUCUGUAUUUUUCAAGGUAAAGGACUAAAUCAUGUGUUUGUGUUUGUAACCAGCUCCAGGUUUUGAUAGUAAGUUGAAAUGUAAGUCUGACCCAGCUGGGUUCUGGUUCUGGUAUUUUGGAGGUUCCUGUUUGUUUUAAAGGGCCUGACUGAAACACAGGAGCAGCUGAUCAGCAUUACCUUCCUCACUAACAGGCGUGAGCUUCACUGGCAGCAGCAGCUCGGUCUAAGUCUGCCAUCAGGCCCCCGUGUGCCCGGCUGGGAGGCUGGCUGGAGGGCUUAGCUGCCUGAAACACGUCCCUGCUCGAUCCUCUUAUGUUGAUUUGUGUCUGAUGAAAUAAUUAGGCUCCUUAUGCCCAGACAGAUGAGGAAACUGUGGGUCACACAGUGACUCGGGUCGGGCGUGGAGAAACCGUGACAUUAACUCCUCGCCGCUCACUCACAGAGGUUGUGUAAGUUUGAAGUCACAAACAAAGGAGGUUUGUUGAGACGGGCCGGUAUGGAAAUCUCACCAGAACUCUUCCUCUUAGACUCUGGUGUCAGCUUUGUCCCCUUUUAGUUUGAUUCUGGACUCAUGAAAACCCUCAUGAAGGUCUCAGACUUCCUCUCGGGGCGGCCCUACCUUCAGCUGUUCUGGAACUUUCUGUCAUAUCUCAGAGUCCUCCACCCUGUGGAGUUACCAGAGUUUACAUCGAGUGGAGGAGUGAGCUGUAUUUGUACAACAUGUUCAAACAAAGAGUGAAUUCAGAGUUUUGACUGUGACAUUCAGGAACGAAACGCUCCGAGUCCUAAUCUGAGGGACUUUUCAGGCAGCUGACUGUAACCUCAGAGGAACUGACCCGGGGGGCAGAAGGUGACUGACCAGCAGGAGGAGAAAGUCAGAGUCAGUCUCUGAUCAUCUCAUCACUGAGCUGAUCAGACUGUUUGAGUGACGGAUGAUUAAUCAGCUUCAUUAUUGUCUGUUUGAAGUUCGUUAAAGAGAUUAAAAAAAGAUGAUUUUAUUGAUGUCUAAAAAAAAUAAGAUCAUAACAGAGAGGGAGAAUAAAAGUCCAGAGAGUGAAAUCAUCAACAUUUCAACCAGAACUUUAAACUACAGACUCACUCAUAACAAAUAAUCCACAGAUUAACCAAGGAGGAGGAGUGCUGGAUUAUAAUCCUGCUAACCUGAGACUAGGGCUGGGUGAUAUGGGAAAAAGUUUGUCCUGAUAUAUUAUUUUCAUAUCAGCUGAUAUCGAUCAAUAUCAGGAUAUAAAAAUGAAAUUUAACAGUGCUUAUUGGUAGCAUGUCUUUUGCGUUGUCUUUGUGUCUCUUUGGCGUUUUGUCGUAAGGCGUCGCUCUAGAGAAAGCCGACUGAAUGGUCGUCUGUUUCAGGCGCCAUGGGCUCCUCGCUCCUCUCGGGGUUUGUAACCUUUUGCGUUGCGCGUGCUCUGCGGCGUGGCGCUGCUUCAGGUGGUGAAAAAGAUUUGAGGUAUUCCCCGACUUUGUGAGAACAUGUACUCGACAUAAUUUACAGUCCACAUUACUCUGCUUCAUGUCCGACCUCCAAAAACCAAAAUACCUCCACACCACCGACGUUUUCCUAACGCCAGUGUUGUGGUUGACAUUGAUGUGGUCAUCUGUUGAGCCUUCAUGGUCAUUUCUGUCGGGGGUAGCACUCAUUUUCUUUGUUUCUCACCAACAGUGCUGUCGGCUUCACCUGUUAAAGUGCUAUGGUUGGGUGGAGCUGCUGUCUGCUACGACGCUGCAGUUGGUUGAUACUUGGUUCUAAUUCAGAACAUGAUUGGUUCAGACCCGGAGAAACUCCCCUUUUCAUUGGCUGUUCAAAUAGUCGACCAAAACAUGUCAGAAUGACGACUAUUGAAAAGGAUAUUGAUCAUGUUUUAUAUUGAUAUUGAGGGAUAAAUUCUGAUGCUGCUGGAUUAUAAUCCUGCUAACCUGAGAGCACCGUUCUUCAGAGCAGAGAGAGGGUUACAGAGAGGAGGAAGAGGAGGAGAUCACUGAGGAAGAAACACUUGGAGGUCUUUAAUGACGUCUUCAGAGACUGAAAGAGUUUGAUGUUUCAGACCUGCAGGCUCAGAGAGGAAGACUCAAACGUCUGAAACAUGUUUCUCUGCAGAUGACUGACCGAGUCCAACCUCCGGUGAAAACUGGACCUGGUUCUGCUCCCGGCCUGGACUCGGUCUCAGUCCUGGUUCCUAACCUUUUGUUGUUGAAUUUCAGAGCGUAGAGAAAAAUGCCGAGUUUGUUUUUGGACGUUGUUGACGUCAUUUUGACGUAGACGGAGGACACAAGACACCAGGAAGGGUUAAAGGGGUGAAAACUAAACCCUGUGAGUGACUGAGGGACGAGCUGGGCGCUCAGUCCUGCUGUGGUCGAGAGAGAGAGAGAGAGAGAGAGAGAAGGAGAGAGAGAGAGAGAGAGAGAGAGAGAGGGAGAGGGAGAGAGAGAGAGAGGGAGGAGUAGAGGACAGGAGGCUAGCUGCUAAGUUGUGAUGAUUAAUCUGUUGAUAAGAGGAUCUGUCCCACAGCCUGGUCCGAUCCAGACGGACUCACAGUCAGCUGCUCGACUUCAAAUUAGGACCUAAUCAACUUAGCCUACACCCACUGGACUCCCAGCAUGCCGUGCUGCAGGGCUGUGACACCAAACAAGUGAAGUAUGAGUCCAUCAUCUGAGCGAACAUCUAUCAGCUCUUCUUUAAGGUCAAACCUGAGCAGAAGCUUCACUCACAUCAAAGUAAAAACUAAAGCUCACGUCUAAAACAUGAACACUCAGGUCUUCUUCUUCUCUUACUGCCGCUGUUGGCUCCUCUGAGGGGGACCCCAGCCCCACCAUCUCACCUCUAUCCUCAGGUUCGAGAGCUUUUAUCUGCUCCCAGCUCAGUGUGAUCCUGCAGAACAGAGGAGUUCAGGGUCUGGAUCAGACCUGCAGGAGUCUGACGGUCCUCUCUCCUGAUAAUGAAUCAGAUUUUUAUUAGACUGUUCCUCUGACAGUCCUGCUCUGUCUUCAUGGUGGUGGUUCGGCGGCUCAGAACGUCUCCCUCCUGUCAGACGACACUCAGGGCUGAAGGUUUGGGAAAUCUUCAGAUCUGUUCAAGGUUCAAAACCACAUCAGAGUCCAGAUCCUGAGUCUGUGACGACAACCAAGAGUUAAUUUAGUUUGUCAGAUCCUGAACUUCCUCUCUCCACACACACACACACACACACACACACACACACACACACACACACACAGAUGUCUUUUACUGUGUGUCUGUUUGAUGCUGGUCUCCUCAGACUCCGUCCCCCUCUGUCUUCAUCUGAGUUACACCGUAAAACAACGACAUGGAGAGGGUUAUCCUCAGAGUGAAAUGAAUUAUAGGGCCCGACCGAUUUAUUGGCGAGGUGAUUAAAUCGGCCGAUUUUGGCCCGUUUGGGAAAUUAAAAUAGUUUACAGCAGCGGUACACACAAUAUACACAUUCAUACCAGGUACAAAAACAAAUCAGAUAAAAGAACGACGGGAAAAAAGAAAGAGAGGGGUGUAGUAUCAGUUACAAGCUACAGUGAUCCAUGAAUUAUCCUGUACCCUUUUUAUUCAGUUUAGAGUCACAGUGGUCCAGGAAUUAUCCUGUACCCUCUUUAUUCAGUUUAGAGUCACAGUGGUCCAGGAAUUAUCCUGUACCUUCUUUAUUCAGUUUAGAGUCACAGUGGUCCAGGAAUUAUCCUGUACCCUCUUUAUUCAGUUUAGAGUCACAGUGGUCCAGGAAUUAUCCUGUACCCUUUUUAUUCAGUUUAGAGUCACAGUGGUUCAGGAAUUAUCCUGUACCUUCUUUAUUCAGUUAAGAGUCACAGUGGUCCAGGAAUUAUCCUGUAUCCUCUUUAUUCAGUUACAAGCUACAGUGCUCCAAAAAUUAUCCUGUACCCUUUUCAUUCAGUUUAGAAUCACAGUGGUCCAGGAAAUAUCCUGUACCCCGUUAUCUAGUUACAAGCUACAGUGAUCCAGGAUUUAUCCUGUGCCAUCUUUAUUCAGUUAAGAGUCACAGUGGUCCAGGAAUUAUCCUGUACCCUCUUUAUUCAGUUUAGAGUCACAGUGGUCCAGGAAUUAUCCUGUACCCUCUUUAUUCAGUUUAGAGUCACAGUGGUCCAGGAAUUAUCCUGUACCCCAUAUCUAGUUACAAGCUACAGUGAUCCAGGAAUUAUCCUGUACCCUCUAUAUUCAGUUUAGAGUCACAGUGAUCCAGGAAUUACCCACAGACUUUGUAAACAGUCGUUCCGUCUGUUCUCCAGUGUUAGACAGAGUCAGAGCUGUAGUUCUCCAGGACAUACCCUCCCCCCUCCUGUGAAAACAGUAAAUAAAGGAAGUUUUAUUUUGCUGAGUCAUGUUUCUUCUUCUUCUUCUUCUGCUGUCAGUUAUGUGAACUUCCUGUCUUUGUUCUGCAGGUGAAGAGACUACAUGUCCCAGAAGCCCUGGUGAGAGCGAGCCACUUCCUCCCCCUCGUCCUCGUUUCCUCUCUCCCUUCGUCCGGGUGAUUGGAUGAGUCCCAAACAGACGCAGAACUUUGAGCAGUGAUUGGGCGCUGAGCCAGAGCGGGUAGCCAACGGGUAGCCAGGUGAGAGGUCAGGUGGUGACGGCGUGGGAGUGGGUUAUAUUUUUGAUAACCCUCAGCUCUGACAGGCGCCCCCCCGGUCCUUUUUGUCCCCGCAGGCUAGCCAUCAUGGCGGACGUGGACCCGGACACCCUGCUGGAGUGGCUGCAGAUGGGUCAGGGCGACGAGCGCGACAUGCAGCUCAUCGCCCUGGAGCAGCUCUGCAUGCUGCUGCUCAUGUCUGACAACGUGGACCGCUGCUUCGAGACGUGAGUGCCGGUCUUCUAACCACGUCUAGGAGGUCAGAGGUCACUGCUCCCCGCACUAAAACCCCCUCUGCCCCUCCCCUCUCCAGGUGUCCUCCUCGGACCUUCCUCCCGGCGCUCUGUAAGAUCUUCCUGGAUGAGAGCGCUCCUGAUAACGUGCUGGAGGUCACGGCCCGAGCCAUCACCUACUACCUGGACGUGUCGGCGGAGUGCACCCGCAGGAUCGUCGGGGUCGACGGCGCCAUCAAGGCGCUCUGCAACCGUCUGGUGGUGGUGGAGCUGAACAACAGGACCAGCAGAGACCUCGCCGAGCAGUGUGUCAAGGUGAGAGGAGAUGGUAGGGGAAGGUCCCGCCCUCCUUCGCCUCUGAUUGGUUAUUCCUUAUGGCUGUGAAACGUCAUCGUCUGUCGGGUUAGGAGAUUCAGAAUCGUGAUAAAGUUCUGAUCGAUGUACAGAGCCGACAGCCGCGCUCGGCUCGAGCGUGUGACGACGUUUCCAGAGGCGAAGGAGGAUAAUCGCUGUCGUUCGGGAUCGAUGUUGUUCUAGACGCGGUGGAAGUUCGUGGUUUAGUCGUCUCUGGUCUUCAGAGGUUCUGGCGUCUUCAGUCUGAUCAGCUGAGUCUGUUUCUCUUCACUCAGACUCUCUAAUCAGAGUGAACGGGGUUAGUGUGUCAGAGACGCCGGGACACAAUGAGGACCACAGAUCUGAGCUCGUGUGUGUGUGUGUGUGUGUGUGUGUGUGUGUGUGUGUGUGUGUGUGUGUGUGUGUGUGUGUGUGUGUGUGUGUGUGUGUGUGUGUGUGUGUGUGUGUGUGUGUGUGUGUGUGUGUGUCAGCAGACCUGAGAUCAUGUGCUCCAGAGGUUUAUUAAUAAAGAUCAGAGGACGGUUGUGUCCUGGAUUCUCUGAUAGAGACAGAAGGAUCCUGCUGCUGGUCUCAGAUCAGUUUAUUUUAAUCAGUUUGAUCUGGAUCAGGUCUGAUCUGGAUCAGGUCUGAUCCUCAAAGAGUCAGGACUGAAUGUGGUCUCUGUGUCUUGGAGGAACUUGAGUUUGGACCUGCAGAUAGGACUGGGCGAUUAUAUGAUCGUGAUAAAUUUCAGUUCAAUCACGGUGAUCAGCUGUGAGCUUAUUUACUCGAUCAAACAUGGCGGAAAUGUAACAGCAGCCAAUCAGAGUCGAGCUUUUCCUGCUCACCUCUGUAAGUUACCAGAGAAGUAAACAGAAUGACCGAAUGUGGAGCUAAACGUCACAACCAUGAGUCGUCCUCCGAAGAUGUUAUUGUUCAGAAGUUAUUCACCGUCGGUUGUGUGAGCGAUGGUUCGGUGUCUCCAAAGUGAUGUCGAGUAAUGAUGUGUACGGUAUGUCGACCUGUGACCUGCGGUCCUGAUCGUCUCCGUUUGUGCGUCCUUGUCUCGUAGGUGUUGGAGCUGAUCUGCACCAGAGAGUCCGGCGCCGUGUUCGAGGCCGGCGGUCUGAACUGCGUUCUGAGUUUCAUCAGAGACAGCGGUCACCUGGUCCACAAAGACACCCUUCACUCCGCCAUGGCGGUGGUGUCCCGCCUCUGCAGUAAGAUGGAGCCUCAGGACUCGUCUCUGGAGACCUGCGUGGAGUCCCUGUCCAGCCUCCUCAAACACGAGGACCACCAGGUGAGUUCAGGAGAGUCCUCGCCGUCUGUUUCCAGAACCCUCUGUCCGAGCCCGUCUAACGUCUCUCCGCCCCGCAGGUGUCAGACGGAGCUCUGCGCUGCUUCGCCUCAUUGGCCGACAGGUUUACACGUCGCGGCGUGGACCCCGCCCCUUUAGCCAAACACGGCCUGACGGAGGAGCUGCUGUCGCGUAUGGCGGCGGCAGGUGGUACCGUUUCAGGCCCCGCCUCCUCCUGUAAGCCCGGCAGGACCUCGACCGGCGCCGCCCCCUCCGCCCCUGACUCCAAACUGAGCAACCAGGUGUCGACCAUCGUUAGCCUGCUGUCCACGCUGUGCCGGGGGUCGCCACUCGUCACACAUGUAAGUCCACCCACCGCAAACACAGGAAACAAAAAAAAAUUAAUUAAAAAAUAAAAAUAAAUAAAAAAGGGGAAAAAAAUAAAAAUGUAAAAAACAUAAAAUAAAAAAUUAAGUAAAAAAAAAAAUAAAUUAAAAAAAAUAAAAAGGAAAAAAAAUUAAAAAUGUUUAAGAAAAUUAAUGUUAAUUAAAAAAGUUAUUCAAUUUUUUUUUUUAAAUUAAAGGAAAAAAUAAAAAAAAGAAUAAUGUUAAAAAAUUUAUAAAAAAAAAAAAGCAAAUUAAAAAAUGAUUUUUUUAUGUUAGAAAAAUUAAUGUAAUAUAAUUAAUUUAAAAAAGUAAUUAAAUAAUAAAAAUUAAUUUUAAAAAAUAAAAAAAGGAAAAAUAUUUUUUUCAAUUAAUAAAAAAAACAGGGAACAGGAAGUCAGAGAAUUUUCAAAAUAAAGCGCAAUAACAAGCAGGGAUUUAAAAAACAGUCAUGUGACCCGCUCUCUUCGCUCCCUGCAGGACCUCCUACGCUCAGCUCUGCCCGACUCCAUGGAGUCCGCUCUAGGAGGAGACGAGCGCUGCGUGCUGGACACCAUGAGGCUGGUGGACCUCCUGCUGGUUCUCCUCUUCGAGGGUCGAAAGGCGCUGCCCAAAUCCACGGCGGGGUCAACGGGCCGGAUCCCCGGUCUGCGACGCCUGGACAGUUCAGGAGAGAGAUCGCACCGACAGCUCAUCGACUGUAUCCGCAGCAAAGACACGGACGCUCUGAUCGACGCCAUCGACACCGGAGGUAAGAACGCCGAGUGAGAGGGAAUCUAGGAGGAACAUCUACAGUCCUCUCUGAGUGUUAGUGAGGGCGAGGGCGUCCUGACUCACCCCUGACUCUUCUCGUGUGUUUCAGCGUUCGAGGUGAACUUCAUGGACGACGUUGGUCAGACGCUGCUGAACUGGGCCUCGGCUUUUGGAACACAAGAGAUGGUAUAGACAUAAACGGUGUAGAUCUGCACUCUUUAUCUAUGAGCAGUUCUAGAUUCUGGAUCAGAGACCAAAACCUCCGUGUUUUUUUUUAGGUGGAGUUUCUCUGUGAGAGGGGGGCGGAUGUCAACAGGGGUCAGAGGUCAUCAUCACUACACUACGCUGCCUGUUUUGGGCGCCCACAAGUGGCUAAGGUAACGUCACUCAUAGAUCUACAGUUCUAGAUGCCGUUUACCUGGACUCUUUUAAAAACCUCUGAUCUGUUUGUCUAGACUCUGCUGAGACACGGCGCCAACCCGGACCUGAGGGACGAGGACGGGAAGACCCCCCUGGACAAGGCGAGAGAGCGAGGACACACGGAGGUGGUGGCCAUCCUGCAGUCACCUGGUGAGUUCAGUGAGCUGUCAAUCAAAGUGCUGCUGAUGGACACAGACAAGAAGUGGGAGGGGCUAACUAACCUGUCUGUGUGUGUGUGUGUUUUAGGAGACUGGAUGUGUCCCGUGAAUAAGGGGGACGACAAGAAGAAGAAGGACGUGAACAAAGAGGAGGAGGAGGGCAGCGAGCCUAAAGGAGACCCGGAGAUGGCCCCGAUCUACCUGAGGAGACUCCUGCCUGUUUUUGCACAAACCUUUCAGCAAACCAUGCUGCCUUCUAUUAGGUAACACCGAGGGGGGUCUGGGGUCAGUCUGGGGUUCAGGUCCCGGGUUUUAGGUGGACUGUGGAGUGAAGAUGAAGAUGAGUUAGAUUGUCUGAGAAAAUGUUAAUAACUAAAUAUAAAUCAAUAUAAAUAAAAAUGCAUAUAAAUCCAAAUAAAUAAAUGAUAAAUAAAUAUAGAUAAAUAUAAAAAAUAAUAAAUAAAUAUAAAAAAUAUUUUAAAAAAUUAUGAAAAUAAAUCUUAAAUAAUAAAUAUAAAUAAAUUACAGAUAAAAAUAAAUAUACAAAAAAUAUAUGUAAAUAAAUACAUGUGAAAAAUAAAUACAAAUGAAUAAUAAAUAAAAAUUAAUAUAAAUAAAUAAUAAAUAUAAAUUAAAAUAAGUAAUAUGUAACAUUUAAAAUAUAUAUAAUAUAAUUGAAAAUAAUUAAGUUCUCUGACUGAGAGUUUCUGUGUUUGUGUUUUUCCAGGAAAGCCAGUCUGGCUCUGAUCCGGAAGAUGGUCCACUACAGCAGUGAAGUUCUGCUGAAGGAGGUCUGUGACAGUGAGACAGGACACAACCUCCCUACAGUGCUGGUGGAGAUCACAGCCACGGUGCUGGACCAGGAGGUACACACACACACAGACACACACACACACACACACACCCUCAGGCUCAGUCUAAGGUGGCUGCAGUAGAGUUAAGAGUUUUCUUCUCCUCUGCUUCAGGACGAUGACGACGGUCACCUGCUGGCUCUGCAGAUCAUCAGAGACCUGGUGGACAAAGGCGGAGACGUCUUUCUGGACCAGCUGGCUCGGCUGGGAGUCAUCAACAAGGUGUCCACUCUGGCCGGACCGGCGUCCGACGACGAGAACGAGGACGAGGCCAAACCUGAGAAGGUAAAGGUAGAGGACGAAUAAAAACUUUUUUGUUUGUUUUUUUAUUCUGACAUUUUCUGAGAAAGUUAAAAACUGAAUCAAACUGGAUCAAACUGGAUCUGCUUCUUGGAGCAGGAGGAGGAGGUCCAGGAGGACGCCAGGGAGAUCCAGCAGGGGAAACCGUAUCACUGGAAAGACUGGUCCAUCAUCAGAGGGAGGGACUGUCUCUACAUCUGGUCUGACGCUGCUGCUCUGGAGCUCUCUAACGGCUCCAACGGAUGGUUCAGGUUCAUCCUGGACGGGAAGCUGGCCACCAUGUACUCCAGCGGGAGUCCAGAAGGAGGGUCCGACAGCUCUGGUAGGAAACCCGCCUCCUCAAACACUUGCUGGUUUCUGGUUCCUCCUGUGUCCCUCUGACUCAUCAUCUCACCUUCUCCCAUUCAGAGUCUCGCAGCGAGUUCUUGGAGAAGCUGCAGCGUGCCAGGAGUCAGGUCAAACCGGUCACAGCCAGUCAGCCCAUCCUGUCCAGCGUGGGUCCCACUAAGCUGACCGUGGGGAACUGGUCUCUGACCUGCCUGAAGGACGGGGAGAUCGCCAUCCACAACUCGGACGGACAGCAGGCCACCAUCCUGAAGGAGGACCUGCCGGGCUUCGUGUUCGAGUCCAACCGAGGAACCAAACACUCCUUCACCGCCGAGACCUCUCUCGGUUCGUCUCCACGGAAACAAAAACCUCCGAGCUGAGUCGGUGUUCUGAUCAUGUCCUGACCCGGUUCUUGUCUCGUUUGUGUCUCCAGGUUCUGAGUUUGUGACGGGCUGGACGGGGAAGAGAGGCAGGAAGCUGAAGUCCAAACUGGAGAAGACGAAGCAGAAGGUGAAGAGCAUGGCGAGGGAGCUGUACGACGACCACUUCAAAGCUGUGGAGAGCAUGCCCAGAGGGGUGGUGGUCACUCUGAGGAACAUCUCCACCCAGCUGGAGUCCUCCUGGGAGCUGCACACCAACAGACAGGUACACAUGAAAAAGAACUCUGAAAGUGUGAGGAACCGAGGAGGAACCGAGGAGGAACCGAGGGUCUGUAAAGGGUUAAAGGGUCCGGGUCUCACCUGUUUGUGGUUUCAGUGUAUCGAGGGCGAGAACACCUGGAGGGACCUGAUGAAGACCGCCCUGGAGAACCUGAUCGUGGUCCUGAAGGACGAGAACACCAUCUCUCCGUAUGAGAUGUGCAGCAGCGGUCUGGUCCAGGCGCUCUUCACCGUCCUCAACAACGUAAGUCUCUCUCAUGGUCUGUCCUGGACCCGGCUCAGUCCGGUUUCAGACCCACUAAGUGUUCUGUCUCCUGUGUGUUUGUGCAGAGUGUGGAACUGGACCUGAAACAUGAUUGUAAACCUUUAAUGGAGAGGAUCAACGUCUUUAAGGCGGCUUUCAGCGAGAACGAAGACGACGAGAGGUAAACACAGACCCGCUCAAAGGGUUCACUAAAGUCUGGACCGGUUCUAAGACCCGUUUGUCUAAGACCCGUUAUUCUGUCCCCUCAGCCGACCAGCUGUUGCCUUAAUCCGAAAACUGAUCGCUGUCCUGGAGUCCAUCGAACGUCUACCUCUGCACCUGUACGACACUCCAGGAUCCUCAUACAACCUGCAGGUGAGUCCCGGGGUCCAGACCGACCCGCUUCAGCUCUGCACGCCCUCCCUAAUCCACAAACCCAAACACCUGUCUUUGUUUCCGGGUCAGAUCUUGACCAGGAGGUUACGUUUCCGUCUGGAGCGAGCGCCCGGCGAGACGGCUCUGAUCGACCGGACCGGACGCAUGUUGAAGAUGGAGCCGCUCGCCACCGUGGAGUCUCUGGAGCAGUACCUGCUGAAGAUGGUGAGAUCUUUGUGAGCAGACCGUAGAGGUCCGAGGUUCCGUCUGGAGGUCUCACUCUGGGCCUACAGACUCACUUCCUGUCCCCGCUCUAACCGAAACUCUUGCCCCGCCCUCUUCUUCAGGUGGCGAAGCAGUGGUACGACUUUGAGCGCUCGUCCUUCGUCUUCGUGAGGAAGCUGAGAGAAGGUCAGACCUUCACCUUCAGACACCAGCACGACUUCGACGAGAACGGGAUCAUCUACUGGGUCGGAACCAACGCCAAGUAAGAACCGCCGCAUGUAGACGACUCACCUUAACUCAGGCGUUGUUUCAGUGGGAACGCCAUUGGUGCAGCACGCCGUAUUAAUACUUAAUCAAACAUCUCUUCAGGACCGCCUACGAGUGGGUCAACCCCGCCGCCUACGGCCUGGUGGUGGUGACAUCAUCAGAGGGGCGGAACCUCCCCUACGGACGCUUGGAGGACAUCCUGAGUCGGGAUAGCUCCGCCCUCAACUGUCACACCAACGACGACAAGAACGCCUGGUUCGCCGUGGACCUCGGUCUCUGGGUCAUCCCGUCGGCGUACACGCUCCGACACGCCAGGUGAGAGAGUCAGACACACAACAAACACACAACAGAGACACACAACAAACACACAACAUGUGUGUUUAUGAGUCAGAUACACACCUGCUGAGAGGAACAAACAGAGUCGUACAGACACAUCACUGAGCUCUUCUCCUCUGUCUCCUCCUCUCUCCUCUCUCCUCCUCCUCUCUCCUCUCUCCUCUCCUCUCUCCUCCUUUGUCUCCUCCUCUCUCUCUCUCCUCUCUCCUCUCUCCUUCUCUCUCUCCUCUCUCCACCCCUCUCUCCUCCUUUGUCUCCUCCUCUCCUCUCUCCUCUCUCCUUCUCUCUCCUCUCCUCUCUCCUCCUUUGUCUCCUCCUCUCCUCUCUCCUUCUCUCUCUCCUCUCUACUCUCUUCUCUCUCCUCUCUCCUCUCCUCCUUUGUCGCCUCCUCUCUCUCCUUCUCUCUCCUCUCCUCUCUCCUCUCUCCUCUCCUCUCUCCUCCUGUGUCUCCUCCUCUCCUCUCUUCUUCUCUCUCUCCUCUCUCCUCUCUCCUCUCCUCCUUUGUCUCCUCCUCUCCUCUCUCCUCUCUCCCCUCUCCUCUCUCCUCUCCUCCUUUGUCGCCUCCUCCCUCUCCUCCUCUCUCCUCUCUCCUCUCUCCUCUCCUCUCUCCUCCUUUGUCUCCUCCUCUCCUCUCUCCUCUCUCCUUCUCUCUCCUCUCCUCUCUCCUCUCUCUCCCUCUCCUCUCUCCUUCUCUCUCUCCUCUCUCCUCUCUCCCCUCUCCUCUCUCCUCUCUCCUCUCCUCCUUUGUCUCCUCCUCUCUCUCCUCUCCUCCUCUCUCCUCCUUUGUCUCCUCCUCUCUCUCCUCUCUCCUCUCUCCUUCUCUCUCCUCUCUCCUCCUUUGUCUCCUCCUCUCUCUCCUCUCCUCUCUCCUCCUUUGUCUCCUCCUCUCUCUCUCUCCUCUCUCCUCUCUCCUCUCUCCUUCUCUCUCCUCUCCUCUCUCCUUCUCUCUCCUCUCUCCUCUCUCUCCUCUCCUCUCUCCUCUCUCCUCUCUCUCUCUCUCUCUCUCUCUCUCUCCUCUCUCCCUCUCCUCUCUCCCUCUCCUCUCUCUCUCUCUCUCUCCUCUCUCUCCCUCUCUCCAUCUCUCUCCUCUCCUCUCUCCUCCUUUGUCUCCUCCUUUCCUCUCUCCUCUCUCCCCUCUCCUCUCUCCUCUCCUCCUUUGUCUCCUCCUCUCUCCUCUCUCCCCUCCUCCUUUGUCUCCUCCUCUCUCUCCUCUCUCCUCUCCUCCUUUGUCUCCUCCUCUCUCCUCUCUCCUCUCUCCCCUCUCCUCUCUCCUCUCCUCCUUUGUCUCCUCCUCUCUCUCCUCUCUCCUCUCUCCUCUCUCCUCUCCUCUCUCCUUCUCUCUCCUCUCUCCUCUCUCCCCUCUCCUCUCUCCUCUCCUCCUUUGUCUCCUCCUCUCUCUCCUCCUCUCCUCUCUCCCCUCUCCUCUCUCCUCUCUCCCCUCUCCUCUCUCCUCUCCUCCUUUGUCUCCUCCUCUCUCCUUCUCUCUCUCCUCUCUCCUCUCUCCCCUCUCCUCUCUCCUCUCUCCUUCUCUCUCUCUCUCCUCUCUCCUCUCUCCCCUCUCCUCUCUCCUCUCCUCCUUUGUCUCCUCCUCUCUCUCCUCCUUUGUCUGCUCCUCUCUCCUCUCUCCUCCUGCAGGGGUUACGGUCGCUCCGCGUUGAGGAACUGGGUCUUCCAGGUGUCGAAGGACGGUCAGAACUGGACCACUCUCUACACACAUGUGGACGACUGCAGCCUGAAUGAACCGGGGUGAGACUGGAACUGAUCGAUCAUCAAUGAUCAAUAAAGCAGGUUCAGAGUCGUGACGUGUGUGUGUGUGUGUGUGUGUGUGUGUCUCAGGUCGACGGCCACCUGGCCUCUGGACCCGUCCAAAGAGGAGAAGCAGGGCUGGAGACACAUCCGGAUCAAACAGAUGGGGAAGAACGCCAGCGGACAGACUCACUACCUGUCCCUGUCCGGACUGGAGCUGUACGGAACCGUCACCGCCGUCUGUGAGGACCAGCUGGGUACGCCAUCGCCAUGGUUACACACCUUCACACAUGACAGUGCCCCCUGCAGGACGUUUGUACCGGGAUGUUUUCUUCCUGCAGACGUUAAUAACAGUAAAUAAAAUAAAUAAACGUUAAAAUCUGAAACUCGGGUUCGAUGGUUCGAUGGUUCGAUGGUUCGAUGCUGAGAUCAAACCUGUGCUCCUCUAGUUUGUUCUCAGGUUCAGGUUUUAGUCCAGACCGUCUCUGUUCUCUGAGUCCCUCCCGUCCUCUAACUCUGACCCUCCUCUCCCUCAGGUAAAGCUGUGAAGGAGGCGGAGGCGAACCUCCGUCGUCAGCGCCGCCUGUUCCGCUCUCAGGUGAUGAAGUACAUCGUCCCGGGGGCGCGGGUCGUCCGCGGCAUCGACUGGAAGUGGCGAGACCAGGACGGGAACCCUGCUGGAGAGGGUACGGUCACAGGAGAGGCUCACAACGGUAAGAGACUAAAAACUGAGUCCUCCAGAACCUUCAGAGGACCCGGGUCCACAGAGACCGGGUUCUCUUUACGUCACUGUUCUUCUCCUGGUUCAUGGUUUGGUUUACAGGGUCCCAGCUUCCUGUUUGUGUCCUCAGAGGACGGAUGUGGGCGGGUAUUUGGGUCAGCAGGUCUGAACUGUCUUCAGAACUUCAGUUGUUUGAUUUGAGGUCCAGCAGAGACAGAUCCGGACAGAACUUGAGAUACAGUGACUAACAUGAGUCCAGCUCCAAACCCUGACCUCCACCCUCCUCGGGUUCAUGACCUGCUGGUCCAGAUGUCCUCCCAGAGUCCUCAUUCCUGAUCUCUAAUCCUGUUUUAUUCCUGAUCCAGGAUCUGGAGUUUGCGGGUUCUGGUUUAAACCACCAGAACAGUUCUGUUUGACCUUUUCUCCCUUUGACUCGACCUUUGACACGACCUCUGUGGUUAAAUGAGUGUGUGGUGUGAGUGACAGCUGUGCUCAGUUUACAGUCAGCUGAUCAACAACAACAACAACAACAGACAGUGUGGGACGAUCUGCUUUUCUCACGAUUCGAUUCUUCGACGAUUUUUUUGAUGCCGAUUCAGUUUAAAUUUCGAUUCUACGAUAUUGUCGAGUUUCUCGAUUUUUAAUCUGCAUGAAUGAUUACGAUCGUCUACUGACUAUUACAGGAACCAUAUUUUCACAAAAAAUACACAUCCCAUGUAAAUCAGUAUUUAAGAUUUGUAAAAAUCGAUUUAAAAAUUGUAAAACAAAAAAUCUCAAUACUUGUGAAUCGAUGUUUUUCUCCCUCCUCUAACAACAACAGUUAUUUACUGUAAACAUCGCUCUGGUUCAACUUGAACACAGUCAUCGAGGUGAAAUGACGUCUAAAAAAACGUUCACUUGUUCGUCUGUUCGAGUGUUUUAUUUUGAAAAGAAGCUGGAUGUUUUAUUUUGUGUCUGUGCCCGACUUCCUUUCCAGCACGGGUUAAUCUGUGCUGAAUUUAUCCGCCAUGCUCCGGCAGAGGAACGGAAAGAAGUCGGUGUAAAUCGACACGUUAACUUGAAUGGUUACGAUCAGAAAAGAUCGGAGGAUACGACCUUUUAGGAGACGAUCAGGAUGAAGGUGGAGAUUUAGAGUUUCAGGUUUUUGGUUUAAAGCUUCAGUCGGAAGUUUUAAUCUUCAAAUAUCAUUAAAUCAAAGUCGACUGUCAGGAGUGUCAUUCAGUUGUCAGGUGACGCAGAGAGCUCCCUCCUGGAUUAAAUGGUAAUAAUCAGACAGUAUUCCCAAAAUCAAAGAGUUUAUGUCAGUUAGAAAAAGAUUUUUGGUUCCGAGUCUGAUCGAUUAUUUACUCUGAAUAAGGAGAGACGCGCUGACCCUCGGGUCACAUGACCAAAACACGCCCACUCUCCACUCUGUGAGGAUCAGCUGAUUUGAACUCGUCUUUAUCGUCGUCGCUCCGACAUGACGCUCCGUGUGUUUCUCUGAAAAGUAGAAACAGAGCUGACUGAACCUGAACGCAGCACGAGUGUUCACGCCUCUUUGUCUCAGCAGCCUCACCUGUCCAUCCUUCACCCAGGUGACCAGGAGCACCUGUUUCCUGCUCCUCUUUUCCUCUUCCUCCUCCUCCUCUCUGUGUCUCUGUGUCGUUCCUCAGAUCCAGUGUUGUUGUUUUCUGUCAGUCAGCUCGGAGGCGCCCCCUGCAGCUCUGUUGAUGUUCCUCAGAUAAUAAUCACGAUGAUCCAGGAUGAUGAUUGUUGUUUGAUUUCUUUCUCUGUUGCUUCUUUGACGCUUUUUGCCAGAUUAAAUAUUUUCUACUUUUGCUUUGAUUGUCAUUUUCUGUGACUGUGUUCAUAUUUUUCUCUCUCAUCGCUCCACCUGGACCUUUUUAACAAAGUCAGGUUAGAACAUCCAGGACCAGUAAUGUCAGAGUCAGAGUCAGAGGAAUGUGAGGAGGACAAGGAGCUCAGAGUCAGUGUCAAACAAAGAGCAGGAAGUUCACGACUGAAGGAUAGAAAUACACAGCGGUCUGAGGAGCCAUAAACAAACCUCAACCAAAACGCCACUCUAUAGUCACAAAUAAUGCUCAGAACAGCACCUAACUUCAUCAACAGGACAUAUAGGGUCACAGACAUAGAACUAGAGAGACCUCAGGCCAGUCCAUUACGGACUACAGCGGGGUGCCGCAGCUCAAGGAAGAACAUUUAUGAUAAUUUCUUCAUGGAAAUACAAUCAGACCGAGACGCUAAGACAGAAGAACUACAGCGUCUGUAAAAUGUUUAAUAUGGUGAUUAUUACUUAAAGGAAAUGAUAAAGAAAUGAUCAUAAAUGUUCUUCCUUGAGCUGCGGCACCCCGCUGUAGUCCGUAAUGGACUGGCCUGAGGUCUCUCUACAAACAAGCGUCUGCUGGAAGAGAGUAGGUGAGUUGUGUUUAGUCUCUUUGCUAAAGAAAUGAGUCAAAGUUAAAAAGAUGUUUGGUGUCUAGUACUAUGUCUGUGACCCUAUAUGUACUAACCUCAGUAGAACAUGGUGUAGUUCCAUUCAGUAACAGAACCUCAUUGGAAAAUUAGCUGAUUUAACUUUACUGUGCUCUUGUUCAAAUAUAUUAACUCAACAGCACAUAAAUCCAUACCUGUUAACAAAAUCAUGAUUUUAUUGAUAAUUCGGCUCAAUAAAAACACCUUUACCUUUUCAUUUUACUACAGUAGAAGUUUAUUGGCUAAAGUUGGUAUAACUAGAGAAGCAAGUGGACGGCAACAUCUCUGGAGGGGGGUCUAACUCGGUGUUACGGUGGGUUUGACCCUAAAUUAAUUUUAUGCCAGAAUAUCAUAAACUCAGUGAGGAGGAGUAAAUUUAAACAGAGCAGAAAACAUCUAUGUAAAACAUCUAUGUCAGAGUCUAGAGGUAAAGAGUGAACAGAAUGAGUGAAGUUCUGGUCCAGUGUGGAGCCGUGUGGAGCUGCUCUGACUGUAAGCUGCUUCUCUGCUGUCUGUCUACCUCCCUCUACCUCUCUCUCUCUCUCUCUCUCUCUCUCUCUCUCUCUCUCUCCCUCCCUCUCUCUCUCUCUCUCUCUCUCUCUCUCUCUCUGCCGGGUCUCUGACAUCCAUCCGUCCGUCUCCCUCCUAUCUCUCUGUCCAUCCAGGCUGGAUUGAUGUAACCUGGGACUCUGGCGGCUCUAACUCUUACCGUAUGGGCGCUGAAGGGAAGUUUGACCUCAAGCUUGCUCCAGGGUACGACCCUGAGUCGGCUGCCACAGCGCCGUCACCCAAACCUGUCUCAUCCACUGUUUCAGGCCCCGCCUCCUCCGCGGUGGGACCCUCCGCGACGCCGGCUGCCAGCGGCGGCACCACCACCACCACCUCGUCCUCGUCGUCCUCCACCUCCUCGUCCUCGCAGCAGCAGUCGUGGAGCAGCCUGGUGAAAAAUAACUGUCCCGACAAAGGCGGGGCGACCUCGCUGGGCGGGGGCAGCUCCUCCAGCAGGAAGGGCAGCAGCAGCUCCGUCUGCAGCGUCGCCUCCUCCUCCGACAUCAGCCUGAGCUCCUCCGUCGGGCUCCCGGGCGCCGGCGGUCUGCGACUGGAGAGGAGGGCCGAGGGGCUGCUGUUGGAUCAGGGCCCCGGGGUCGGAGGACUGAUGGGGGGCGGAGUCGGCCCCGACGGGCAGCCGCAGGAGCCGAUCGUGGUCCUGUCCUCUGCUGUGGAGGGAGGGUCCGGCUCGGCGUCCAGCUCUGGCACGCUAACAGCUGACACCCCCGCUCCAGGAGACGACCCCAGAAACAAGGACUCUGCGGCGGCCGGCACCGACCCGGCCACCGCCAUCUCCAUGGGACUGGUGAGCGUGAGCUCCCCCGACGUCAGCUCGGUGUCGGAGUCCUCCAGCAAAGACGCCCCCUCCCAGAGACCCCUCGCCACAAACGCCCGGCUGUCCGUCAGCUCCCUGCUGGCCGCCGGCGCUCCCAUGAGCUCCAGCGCCAGCGUGCCUAACCUGUCGUCACGAGAGGCCAGCCUCAUGGAGUCCUUCGUCCGCCGCGCCCCCAACAUGUCCCGCACCAACGCCACCAACAACAUGAACCUGAGCCGCAGCAGCAGCGACAACAACACCAACACGCUGGGGAGGAACGUCAUGAGCACCGCCAGUGAGUACCGCCACCGCACCCGAGUACUGCAGUACUGCUCACCUGAUACCAGAGAGUACUGUAAUACUGUAGUACUAUAGAACCGCAGUACUGCUGACCGAAGACCAGGGAGUACUGUCAUAUUGCUGAACCAGGACUGCAGUGACCCGGCUGUAAUAAAACCGGGUCCCUGUGAGGUCUGACUCGGUGAAAACAGAAAAACUGAUAUUUUUUCCUGUAAAUAUGGCGGUGAAGUUAGUUUCAGGUUGGAUAUAUUUUCCUGUAAAUAUGGUGGUGAAGUUAGUUUCAGGUUGGAUAUAUUUUCCUGUAAAUACAGCGGUGAAGUUAGUUUCAGGUUGGAUAUAUUUUCCUGUAAAUACAGCGGUGAAGUUAGUUUUAGGUUGGAUAUAUUUUCCUGUAAAUACGGCGGUGAAGUUAGUUUCAGGUUGGAUAUAUUUUCCUGUAAAUAUGGCGGUGAAGUUAGUUUCAGGUUGGAUAUAUUUUCCUGUAAAUACAGCGGUGAAGUUAGUUUCAGGUUGGAUAUAUUUUCCUGUAAAUACAGCGGUGAAGUUAGUUUUAGGUUGGAUAUAUUUUCCUGUAAAUACGGCGGUGAAGUUAGUUUCAGGUUGGAUAUAUUUUCCUGUAAAUACGGCGGUGAAGUUAGUUUCAGGUUGGAUAUAUUUUCCUGUAAAUACAGCGGUGAAGUUAGUUUCAGGUUGGAUAUAUUUUCCUGUAAAUACGGCGGUGAAGUUAGUUUUAGGUUGGAUAUAUUUUCCUGUAAAUACGGCGGUGAAGUAAGUUUCAGGUUGGAUAUAUUUUCCUGUAAAUACGGCGGUGAAGUUAGUUUCAGGUUGGAUAUAUUUUCCUGUAAAUACGGCGGUGAAGUUAGUUUUAGGUUGGAUAUAUUUUCCUGUAAAUACGGCGGUGAAGUUAGUUUCAGGUUGGAUAUAUUUUCCUGUAAAUACGGCGGUGAAGUUAGUUUUAGGUUGGAUAUAUUUUCCUGUAAAUACGGCGGUGAAGUUAGUUUCAGGUUUGAUAUAUUCUCCUGUAAAUACGGCGGUGAAGUUAGUUUCAGGUUGGAUAUAUUUUCCUGUAAAGUUAGUUUCAGGUUGGAUAUAUUCUCCUGUAAAUACGGCGGUGAAGUUAGUUUUAGGUUGGAUAUAUUUUCCUGUAAAUACGGCGGUGAAGUUAGUUUCAGGUUGGAUAUAUUCUCCUGUAAAUACGGCGGUGAAGUUAGUUUCAGGUUGGAUAUCUGACGGACAUUCUCUGAGGAUCUACCGGUGUCUUCUCACUCUCCAUAACCGGGAAUAACAACAGCAGCGCGGUUAAAUCUACUCGACACCCUCACUGUCAACGUCGGUGUUGAAUAAGGGACCGUCAAUAAAUUACCGGUUGAUGUUCUCAGAAAAGGCUGUUUUCUUUCAAGAGCUUCACUGUCAUGUGACCAAUUGACAACUUUUUCAACUUAGGAGCACUUGAAAAAAGUUGGUCUCAAGCCCUGUAAAUAAAGAUAUAAAUAAAUAUAUAGUCUGUCACACAAUAAAUUAAAAUUUUAAUUGUGGUCUCAGCUUUGACAAAGGGACUUAAAGUUAGUCCUUGCGUGUAAAUAGCCGUAAAACAACAGUUCUUCACGAUUAAAUCAUUUUUUCUCAAAGUAAUUCUGAUAUUCUAAUCUGUCCAAACAUCCCGACUCAGAGCCUCGUUAUUAAAGUCUGUAAUAAACUAAAUUUAUAAAUCUGUCAAGAUUUCAGAGAGUUCAGAGGAUUUUUGAUCAGAUUACUCACCUCCUGUCAGCGACCAUAGAGCGGAUCAGAAUGGUAUACUGGAGUAUAGUGACUCCGCCUCAUAGAGUCAUCUAGUCUUUCUGAUAGAUAUCUAUGUUCUUAAGUCCCGUCUGCAUGGAUGACAUCAUGAGCUUCAACCAGCCAAUCGGCAGCUGUUUCCUGUCGGCUUGACCUGCUGCUUCGUCUUUUUGGUUUUUUGACACACUAACCUCCCUGUGUGUGUGUGUGUGUGUGUGUGUGUGUGUGUGUGUGUGUGUGUGUGUGUGUGUGUGUGUGUGUGUGUGUGUGCGCGCGUGUGUGUGUGUGUGUGUGUGUGUUUGUUUGCAGCUUCUCCUCUCAUGGGCGCUCAGAGCUUUCCUAACCUCACCACCACCGGCACCAGCUCCACCGUUACCAUGUCAACCUCCAUAGUAACCAGCAGCAAUAAUGUAGCCACGGCAACCACGGGUCUGUCGGUGGGACAGUUGCUAAGCAACACCCUGACGACCAGCCUGACGUCCACGUCCAGCGAGAGCGACACGGGCCAGGAGGCCGAGUUCUCGCUCUAUGGUUCGUGACCGCAGACACACACACACACACACACACACACACACACACACACACACACACACUCUCAGCUGCUUCCACUAACCUGCUCUCUAACUCAGGUGACAUCUUUGAUUCCCGCUCCUUCCACUCUGAACUUCCUGUUUCCUGUUUCCUCUCCGCAGACUUCCUGGACAGCUGUCGCGCCAACACCCUAUUGGCCGAGCUGGACGACGAGGAGGACCUCCCCGAGCCGGACGACGACGACGACGAGAACGAAGACGACAAUCAGGAGGACCAGGAGUACGAGGAGGUCCUGGUAAAUUUGAUUUUCUUGUUUUUAGAUAAAUGACGUUUGAGGCAGCGGCACCGUGAGGUCAGAGGUCACAGAGGGGGCGCUGAGUGUGUGUGUGUCUCUGCUGUCCUGAAGGAGGAGGAGGAGUACGAGACCAAAGGAGGACGCAGGAGGACGUGGGACGACGACUUUGUCCUGAAGAGACAGUUCUCGGCGCUCGUUCCUGCGUUUGACCCCCGACCAGGAAGAACCAACGUCCAGCAGACCACCGACCUGGAGAUCCCGCCCCCAGGUACGACACUCACACACGUAGACGUACACACACACACACAUUUAAAGGUUUUUAAGAGUCGAUGAAUUACAGCUCUCCUCUCCUCUCCUCUCCUCUCUCCUCUCCUCUCCUCGUCUCUCCUCUUCUCUUCUCUUCUCCUCUCCUCUCUUCCUCUCCUCUCUUCUCCUCUUCUCCUCUCCUCCUCUCCUCUCCUCUCCUCCUCUCCUCUCCUCUCCUCUCCUCUCCUCUCUCCUCCUCUCCUCUCCUCUCCUCUCUCCUCCUCUCCUCUCCUCUCCUCUCCUCUCUCCUCCUCUCCUCUCCUCUCCUCCUCUCCUCUCCUCUCCUCUCCUCUCCUCCUCUCCUCUCCCCUUCUCCUCCUCUCCUCCCCUUCUCCUCCUCUCCUCUCUCCUCCUCUCUCCUCCUCUCCUCUCCUCUCUCCUCUCCUCCCCUCCUCUCCCUCUCCUCUCCUCUCCUCCUCUUCUCUUCUCUUCUCCUCUCCUCUCUUCCUCUCCUCUCUUCUCCUCUCCUCUCCUCUCCUCUCCUCCUCUCCUCUCCUCUCUCCUCUCCUCGUCUCUCCUCUUCUCUUCUCCUCUCCUCUCUUCCUCUCCUCUCCUCUCCUUUCCUCUCUCCUCCUCUCCUCUCCUCUCCUCCUCUCCUCUCCCCUUCUCCUCCUCUCCUCUCUCCUCCUCUCCUCUCCUCCUCUCCUCUCCUCUCUCCUCUCCUCGUCUCUCCUCUUCUCUUCUCCUCUCCUCUCCUCCUCUCCUCUCCCCUCCUCUCCCCUCCUCUCCUCUCCUCCUCUCCUCUUCCUCUCCUCUUCUCCUCAGGGACUCCUCGUUCGGAGGUUCAGGAGGAGGUGGAGUGCGCUCCCUCUCCUCACCUCGCUCUCACGCUGAAGGUCAGUUUGAAGAUUACCUUUCAAAAUAAAAGUCUGAUGUAACCCUCCUCUGAUUGGACGCCUCGUUAAAGAGCCUCUCUGCGGUUUCAGGUGGCGGGUCUCGGUACGACGCGGGAGGUGGAGCUUCCUCUGUCCAACUACAAGUCCACCAUCUUCUACUACGUCCAGCGGCUGCUGCAGCUCUCCUGUAACGGCGCCGUGAAGACGGACAAACUCCGACGCAUCUGGGAGCCCACCUACACGUAAGAGGGGGAGGAGGAAGUGGAGGGGGCGGAGUCUGGGUGUGAAGGUCGAUCUGAGUCUGACGGCGUCUGUUUUCUUCUUCUUCUCCUGCAGGAUCAUGUACCGAGAGCUGAAGGACGCCGACAAGGAGAAGGAGAGCGGGAAGAUGGUGAGGAGAACACUGAGACCUGAGAGUGAAGGGGGACCCUCAGAGUCCAGCUCAGAGUCCGGUCUUUGUUCUGAUCCUCUUUACUGAGUCUGGACCUCCUACAGACCAAACCGGGUUCAUCAGAACUUCAGAUGUUUAUUUUAGGCUGUAGACCUGACCUCUGACCUCUGACCUCCCCCUCCUGCAGGACUUGUGUGAACACAGCAUCGUGGUCGGCGGGCGCUCCGGCGGUCUGAGCCCGAGCUCGGUGUCAGCCAGUCAGAGCAGCGAGAUUCUGGGCGUGGCCAGAGAGGUGGCGCAGGCGAAGGCGGGCUGCAGUCAGAACGCCUGCGGGGUGGAGGACGUCCUGCAGCUGCUGCGUAUUCUUUACAUCAUCGGGGGAGACUCCGCCUCCAACGCUCGCACUCUUCAGGAAGGUGAGCGUGCACGUGCACACACACACACACACACACACACACACACACACAGGUUCAGGUUUUAUCUCUGAGGAUCUCGUGUUUUUUUACCGCAGAGUUUAAAAAGUUCUUCGUUUGUUUGUUCAGAUUUCGACGAGCUGCAGUUUAACGCGUCUCCUGAGGAGUUCACCAGUAAGAAGAUCACCACCAAGAUCCUGCAGCAGAUCGAGGUACGUGUCCCCCCCACCCCGGUCUCUGGUCUCACUGUAGGAUCAGGACUCUGCAGGUCUGACCGUGUCCUCCUCUCCUCUGUCCUCAGGAACCUCUGGCUCUGGCGAGCGGCGCUCUUCCUGACUGGUGUGAACAGCUGACCUCUAAGUGUCCUUUCCUCAUCCCCUUUGAGACCCGGCAGCUUUACUUCACCUGUACGGCCUUCGGAGCGUCCAGGUGAGUCCGGGAACCGACCCGGAGACCCUGAGGAGGAACCGAGGAGUUAAAAUCUUUAAUUCAGAAACAGAAAAAUCCACUUUUUUAAACUCAUUUCUGUGACCUUCACUUUGACCCCUCUCCGCUGAGACACGCCCCUGACCUCUGACCUCUGACCUGUGGCGUUGCAGGGCGAUCGUUUGGCUGCAGAACCGGCGGGAGGCCACCAUGGAGCGCUCCAGACCGUCCACCACGGUCCGCAGGGACGACCCCGGAGAGUUCAGGGUGGGCCGGCUCAAACACGAGCGAGUCAAAGUCCCCCGAGGUGAAGCCAUGAUGGAGUGGGCGGAGUCUGUGAUGCAGCUGCACGCCGACAGGAAGUCGGUGCUGGAGGUGAGCGGUGGAGUUUCCUGUUUCUUCUUCUUCGUUGGUUUGUCCUCAGGUGUCGGUUCUCUGUUGACGUCUUCGUCCCCCUUCAGGUGGAGUUUCAGGGCGAGGAGGGGACCGGUCUGGGUCCCACGCUGGAGUUCUACGCUCUGGUGGCGGCGGAGUUUCAGAGGACCUCUCUGGGGAUCUGGUUGUGUGACGACGACUUCCCCGAUGACGAGUCCAGACAGGUGGACCUGGGUGGCGGUCUGAAGCCCCCCGGGUACUACGUCCAGCGUUCCUGCGGCCUGUUCCCCGCCCCCUUCCCUCAGGACAGCGAGGAGCUGGAGCGGAUCACCAAGCUCUUCCACUUCCUGGGGAUCUUCUUGGCCAAGUGUAUCCAGGACAACCGUCUGGUGGACCUCCCGGUCUCCCAGCCCUUCUUCAAGCUGCUCUGCAUGGGGGACAUCAAGUCCAACAUGAGUAAGCUGCUCUACCAGAGCCGCAGCGCCCCCCACGACCCCGAGCGCCCCCACCUCACGCCCUUCCUGCUGCUGUCCGAGGUCCAAUCAGAGGCGUCCACCGAGGAGAGUCAGGAGACCUACUCCGUGGGGAGCUUCGACGAGGACUCCAAGUCCGAGUUCAUCAUGGACCCGCCCAAACCCAAACCCCCCGCCUGGUACCACGGCAUCCUCACCUGGGACGACUUCCAGCUCGUCAACCCGCACAGGUGAGACUUCAGGAGUGACGGGAGCGACGGGAGCGAUGAGAUAGAGGAGGAGGAGGAGGAGGAGGAGGAGGAGGAGAGAGAGGGGGUGGAAAAAAAAUCACUGUUUGCAUCACUUAAUAAAAUAAUAAAUAUAAAAAAUAAAAGAAAUAAAAAGAAAAGAAAAAAGAAAAAUACUAAAAAAAAAUUUAAAGAAAAGAAUAAAUUAAAUAAAAAGAAAAAAAGUUUAAAAAAGAAAAAAAAUAAAAAAAAAAUUUAAAAGAAAAGAAAAAAUAAAAUAAUACUAAAAAAAUUUUUUAAGAAAAGAAUAAAUUAAAUAAAAAUUUAAAAAAGUUUAAAAAAGAAAAAAAUUAAAUAAAGUUUUAAAAGAAAUAUAUAUAUGUAUAUUUUUUUAAUUUAAAAAAGAAAAGAAAAAAAAACCGCACAGGUGAGACAGGGAGGCGGGGCUUAGGAGAGGGAUCACCUGGAGAGUUUUUGAUGAACAUCAGGGUGGAAAUAAAAACCUCAUCGUCUCUUUUUUUCUCCUUCUAUGCUCCUCCUCCUCCUCCUCCUCUUUAUCACCUCUCUACCUUCUCUCUCUCCGCCUUUUUCCUCCUCCUUCCCCCCUCUCUUUCUCCUUUUUCUCCUUAUCGUCUCCUUUUUUCUCCUUUGCUGCUUCUUCUCUCCUUUCCUUUCUUGCCUCCUUUUUCUUUCUCUUGUCUUCUUUUCUGCCUCCUUUCUUAUCUCCUCACGCCUCCUCUGCCUCCUCCUUCGUUACCUUGAUUCCUUUUUCUUCUCCUUCUCUCUCUUAACUCUCCUCCCCUCACCUCUCCAUCGUUGCUGUUUCCUUCUUCCCCACCUACGCCUGUCUCUCUCUCCGUCCUCCUCCCUUUCUUCCUCCCUCCUCGUCUGCAGGGCGAGUUUCCUGAAGGAGGUGAAGGAGUUGGCGGUGAAGAGGAGGCAGAUUUUGUCCAGUAAGAGUUUGAGUGAAGACGAGAAGAACACCAGACUGCAGGAUCUGAUGCUGAGGAACCCGCUGGGCUCCGGACCGCCGCUGAGCAUCGAGGACCUCGGGUAGGACACACACACGCACACACACACACACAGACACAGAAACACACACACAGACACACACACACACACACACACACACACACACACACACACACACACACAGACACACACAGAAACACACACACACUUGUAAACAAACAUGGCGGUCCCUCAGCUUCUGUGUUGACUCUCUCUGAACAAACAUCCUGAGGCUGAAAAUCAGUCUGAGUCUGACGGUGCGUUUAAGGACCAAGAAGAGCCUCUGAAUUUAGAGUUCUGACUCAGAGGGGGGCUCUGAGGACUCUGAGGACCUGGUCCUGAUCUUGUCUUCUGUCUCCAGGUUGAACUUCCAGUUCUGUCCGUCCUCCAAAGUUCACGGAUUCUCAGCCGUGGAUCUGAAACCAAACGGAGACGACGAGGUAAAGACGGCGGCGCCGCAGAGGGGACACUCAGGGUUUCUACGCUGUUAAAGGUCAAAGGUUAACGACAGACUGUGUGUGUCUCUGUCCUUCAGAUGGUGACCAUGGAGAACGCAGAGGAGUACGUGGAGCUGAUGUUUGACUUCUGUAUGCACACGGGGAUCCAGAAACAGAUGGAGGCCUUCAGAGGUACGACUGACACAUGUAUAUACACACAUGUAUACACAUACACACAAAUACACACAUUUAUAUACACACAUGUAUACAUAUACACACAAAUACACACAUUUAUAUACACACAUGUACACACAUUUAUAUACACACAUUUAUAUACACACAUGUACACACAUAUACACACAUACACACAAAUACACACAUUUAUAUACACACAUGUACACAUACACACAAAUACACACAUUUAUAUACACAUGUAUACAUACACACACAUACACAAAUUUAUAUACACACAUUUAUAUAGACACAUGUAUACAUAUACACACAAAUACACACAUUUAUAUACACACAAAUACACAAACACACACACAUAUAUACAUAUAUAUACACACAUUUAUAUACACAUAUGUACACACAUUUAUAUACACACACAAAUACACAGACACACACACACAUAUAUAUAUAUAUAUAUUUAUAUACACACACACACAUAUAUACACACACACACACGUGUAUAUACAUUUCCUCUCUCCUCUCCUCCUUUCCUUGUCUCCUUCCCUCUUUUCCUUUCCUCAUCUCCUUUCCUUGUCUCCUUACCUCGUCUCUUUCCCUCGCCUCCUUUCCUUCUUUGUCUCCUUUCCUUGUCUCCUUUCCUUAUCUCCUUCCCUCAUCUCCUUUCCUCCUUUCCUUGUCUCUUAUCCUCAUCUUCUUUCCUCAUCUCCUUUCCUUGUCUCCUUUACUUGCCUCCUUUCCUCGUCUCCUUUUCUUCGUCUCCUUUCCUCUCCUCCUUCCGUCACCUCCUUCCCUCACCUCCUCUCCUCGUCUCCUUCCCUCAGAGGGUUUUAACCGCGUGUUCCCGAUGGAGAAGUUGAGUUCUUUCAGCCAUAAGGAGGUCCAGAUGAUCCUCUGCGGGAACCAAUCACCUUCCUGGACCGCUGAUGACAUCAUCAACUACACAGAGCCAAAGCUGGGAUACACCAGAGACAGGUGAGUGUGUGUGUGUGUGUGUGUGUGUGUGUGUGUGUGUGUGUGAGUGUGUGUGUGUGUGUGUUACACCAGAGACAGGUGAGAGUGUGUGUAUGAGUGUGUGUGAGAGUGUGUGAGUGUGUGUGUGUGUGUCACUGUGUGUGUGUGUGUGUGUGUGUGUGUGUGUGUCAGUGUCUGUGUGUGUGUGUGUGUGUGUGUGUGUGUGUGUGUGCUGUUCAUAAAGGGUUAAAUCUUGACUCUGUGACUCCGCCCCCUCAGUCCCGGCUUCCUGCGGUUCGUCAGAGUCCUCUGCGGGAUGUCGUCUGAUGAGAGGAAAGCGUUCCUUCAGUUCACCACCGGCUGCUCCACGCUGCCCCCCGGUGGUCUCGCCAACCUGCACCCCCGCCUCACCAUCGUCAGAAAGGUGAGUCUGUCGCACGGCGAGCGGACCGUCCGUGAAAAAAAACAGCUGUUCUUUUUGCUCUGUGAAUCUGAUUGGCUCCUCCCCCUCUCUCUCGCCUCUCUCAGGUGGACGCCACAGACUCGAGUUACCCGUCGGUCAACACGUGCGUCCACUACCUGAAGCUUCCGGAAUAUUCCUCCGAGGACAUCAUGAGGGAGCGUCUGUUAGCCGCCACCAUGGAGAAAGGCUUCCACCUCAACUGACCGCCUCCUCCUCUUCCUCCGCCGCCACCGCCCGCCACACUGAGCAUGCUCCAAGAGUCCGUGUCGCCACCCGCUGCCGCCGCCGCGUGAUUGACAGUUCAGCCAGCCAAUCGAAAACAAACCAGCCGACUGACUGACUGAGCGAGCGACUGAGCGCCUGACCGGAGGGCGGAGAGGAGGGUUUACGUUGCAGAAGAAAAUCACACCCUUAACCGCCGCCUCCUCGCCUCGCCUCCUCCAUCAUCUCCGUCAUCGUCCUCACCUGAGCUGCUGCGUGCGCGUGCGUGCGUGCGCGUGUACAUGUGUGUGUGUGUGUGUGUGUGUCCUCCUGGUUGGUUUGACUCGUAGUUUCUGUUUCAGUUCCUCCAAACAAUCAUCCCUCCUCCUCUUCUUCUUCUUCUUUUGUUUUAAUUUUUAUUUUGCUUCCGUUUCUGUGUGUGUGUGUGCGUGUGUGUGUGUGUGUGUGCGCGACAGUUUUUUGGGUUGUUUCAAACCGGCUGUAGAGGUCAAAGGUCGGAGUGCAUUUACAUGAAGCUGUAGAGACAAACACUGGCUGUGUGAGCGAGGCACAUGUGAAGAAAACAAACGUCAAAGCUCUGCUCUCUCUCUCUUUCUCUCUCUCUCUCUCUCUCUCUCUCUCUAUCUCGCUCUCUCUCUCUCUCCUUGUAUUUUCUUUGUAUAUUAUAAACAUUUAUUUAACUCAAGUUGCAGUUUGAGGUAAACAGAUAUUUUCAAAUGUGUAUGCUCCAAAAAAUAAUCAUUAAAAUGUUUGCAAAGUAUGAAGUUAAAA